CUUGUAUAAAAGCAGUACAAGAAAUUUUCAGCUGUUGUUGUGUCGAAAAUUGCAAAAUUAAGGAGUGUUUUGACAUGAAGAGCUGAGUCAUCAGUGGUUCCAAUCUCUAACUGAUGGCCGGUGAUGAUCCGGUGGAGAGCUGAGAGGCUGUUCAAACGACCAAAAGAGAUCUCCCAUCUUCUCCAACUCCACUCGCUCAACAUAAAAACUUGUCUUGAUCAUGACGAGUUCCAACUUCCAAGUCUCCCAAUUCGUAUUGUCGGCUUGUUCGAUAUCUCUCCAUUUCGCGCGAUCGGUAUUUGAAAACUCUCCGAUCACUCCAUCGCUCUUCACGUGGAAUUCGUUGAUAAGAGAGUACUCGAAAAGCUCAAGUAAGAUUGAGUCCGUGAAGUUGUUUAUCAGGCUUUUGAGAACCGGAAUAAGACCUCACAAGUUUGUUUUCCCCUCCGUGCUAAAAUCUUGUGGGUGCCCUUCCAUGGUUGGAGCUGGUGGAUCAGUUCAUUCAAUGUCUAUAAAGACUGGGUUUGCUUUUGAUGUGAAUGUCAAUAAUACCCUCCUGAAAAUGUAUGCUGCAUGCCGUGUGAUUGCGUUAGCAAGGAAGGUGUUCGACGAAAUGAUUGACAGGGACAUGGUUUCUUGGAGCUCUAUGAUUUCUAGCUAUGUUGCUUGUAACCUCCCUUCAGAUGCUAUUGAAGUGUUCAAGGGGAUGAAGCUUGCAAAUGAGAAGGAAAGUUCAAUCACUUUGGUGAGCUUGCUUGCUGCAUGUACCAGUCUCCUAAAUGCCAGACUAGGUGAGUCUAUCCAUUCGCAAAUCCUGACUAAUGGUAUUGAGUUGCAUGUUGGCCUCGGAACAGCCCUCCUUCAGAUGUAUGCAAAGUGCGCCCACAUGGAAAAAGCCUUCCACAUCUUCAAUAUAAUGAAUGUCAAGAAUCUGCAGUCAUGGACAAUAAUGAUAUCUGCACUUGCAAAUAAUGGCCAUGGAGAAGAAGCCUUAUCCUUAUUUUCCAGAUUGGAAAAAUCCGGACUGAGACCUGACAGCUUGUCGUUUUCUGCCAUUUUGUCUGCUUGUGGUCACUUAGGGCUUGUGGAUAAAGGGCGUGACUUGUUCAGGAGAAUGACGAGUGUCUAUUAUAUCAAACCAAGUAUGGAACAUUAUGGAUGUAUGGUGGACUUGCUUGGACGUGCGGGUAAGAUAGAGGAAGCUUACGAGGUUAUCAUGCACAUGCCGAUGGAACCGAAUUCUGUAAUACUAAGGAGCUUUAUUAGUGCCUGCAAACAUUAUGAAUGCAUUGUUCCUCAUAUCAAUGAGAACCUUAAGGAACUGUUGCUUAGAAUAGAGCCUGAUAUUGCAGCCAACUAUGUGCUUGCUGCCAAUAUGUCUUCCAACCAGGGUAAUUGGGCUGUUGCAGAUGGACUGCAAACUUGUAUUAAAGAAAUGGGCAUGGAGAAAGUUCCUGGUUGCAGUUGGGUGCAGCGGGUGAUCUAGAUCCAUUAUUAAAAUCUGAGAACGGUAAUGCUGACAUGGGAUUUUUCAAGUGGUUCGAUAAUUGGAGACGAAAUCCAGGUCUGUGGCCAUUCUUGAUAAGUAUUUGAAGUAUUCUGAUGCAUGUUAGUGAAUUCUGAAGUAUUCUGGCCAUUUUCAAGUAUUUGUUGAAAAUGGGGACAUAGAUCUAUUUAGCUGCAAGUGCCCUAUGUAAUAUGAAUUUUGUGCACAUCCUAUUAGUUAGUAUGAGUGGUGUAUUAGUGUAUUGUUGGUGGUGGUGUUAUCAUUCAAACCUAAUGCCCCAUGAGACAUUUCAAAUUCAAAAAAAGAAAAGCAGGUAAUUGGACAUAUUUCAUGUUGCAA